AUGUGCGACGGCAGUAAUUCCAGUCCCUCUUCAAGCAAAGCGAAGGACCAACUUGAUAUGGACCUAGGAGAAUCAAUUCUGAUAACUCAUUAUGUGAGUCCCCAGCAAUUUAGCUACGUUAAAUGCAAAGAUGUGCAGGACUCCGCCUCGUCCUUACGCCAAAUAGAGCGUGAUUUAGCGGAUUACUGCCCCAGUAAAUUGGCGAAGCAUAUCUUUCAUGAUUUUCAGCCAGUCAUUGUGCGCUACUUGCCUUGGAAUCCGCCCAAGCUCCUAAGGGGUGUGGUGCGUAGGCGGUUGGAGGCCGAUCAGUACCUGAUCUGGCUUCAGGAUUACGGAUUCACCUUAAGCUGCCCUGUUGAUGAACUGUGGCCUCUGCCUGAUCACUUAAGUCGCCGUUUCUGGGACAUCAAAUGGGGUGGCGUGGCGUUUAUCACCCCCCAAGAUGGCAGUGCCUGGUGCCAAUCAGCCAUUCAAACCUUUGACAAGCAGCUGGAGGAAGCUAUCCAGCUCACAUUUCAAGUCCUAUAUCGAAGUUCAACGAAUCGAGAUUUCGGCCAGCUUAUGAUUAGAUGCAACAGUCACAGUGACUCUUUUAAGGAUGCUGCAAAUUUUCUAAUAGAGCGGAAGCAUGCCCUCUACGAUGACAAGAAUUUGUUGAUGGUCAGCUCUUCCGCUGAUGAUUUUAGUUUGGAACUGGCCGAGAACAACUACUUGGGAUUCGAAGCACGGCCGCGUGUUAGAGGCAUUUUUGAAUUAGUGGCUGGCAGCCAAUCCUCUGAAAACUCCCUGAAACUUCAGCCAGUUGUGGUGCUAAAGCAAAAUUACACUGAUUUAUCUUUUGUCAAUUGUAAGACAUUGGAGAAAAAAGAGUCCUCAUUCGUUGCAUUAAAGGAAGCGAGACGGAAUCUGACCCGCCCGGAGACUCAGUACCAGAAGCUGGACGGGCUUCUUCAGAGUCGCAAUCCCUUACUCAUACCGGAAACUGGCAAGGUCCUGAGCAAAAUUCAAAGCAACCGCGACAGUUCCGUGGAGACUGCUCUCAAUAGCAGAAACAAACAAUAAUUAGCAAAAACUUCGCCUGCAUAUGCAAAUGGAAAUGGACCUGACCCAUCGAAUUCUCAAUCAGUAUCCUUCUGCAUGAAUAAAAUGGAACGCAUUUUUAAUGACAUGCUUGGCAAGAACAACGACAACAGAGUAAAAAAUUCUAUUUCCCCAACUUUGAUAAGAAAUUCGGGGAAGACACUUAAAUCCGUCGUAGGAAAUAAAGAUAUUAACAUGGCAAGAAAGGUGCUAGUCCACAGCCUCGUGUCAGUGGAUCCAGUCACAAGUUUGAAGGAGAUCCCUCUUUGCAAGGAGAUUCAGAUGGCCAUGAACGAUCUGAAUUUUCGCACACCAUUGGUGACGCAAGGCUAUGCCUGGCCGCAUCUCGUCCAGGGCGGAUCCCUCAUCCUGGUGGAUGGCUCGAGAGCAGGUCGCUCCUGGAGUUACUUACCCGUUCUUUGCUCCUCGGUGUUGCGUUCUAUGCAGGACACUCCACCCAACUGCUUGGAACGGAUUGCCUGUGGUCCCCUGACCAUCCUGGUUGUGGAUUCUGUAGACAAUGCCAACAAAUUGGCCUCCCAUUGCGACUUCUUGAUGAGGGACUACGACACCCAGCAGCUGAAAGUGGUCAAUACUCAUGCCCAUGGCAUGACUGAUGUACACUUGAUGCUGCUCAACUCGUGCGGCGUUUUAGUGACAACGCCGGCGCAUUUGUUAGAUAUAUUAAAUGUCGAUGGACUAACUCUACUGGAUCCGGUUAGGUUGCAGUACCUAAUCUUUGAUGACUUCGAUCGUAUGCGUCUGGGAAAUUCGCAGCUCCUUGACGAAGUGCUGCAGAAAAUAAACAGCAUGGGCUGUCAAACGAUGCAGUUGGUCGUUGUGGCUCAGCAAUGGAAUACUGAAAAAUUCAAAAAGCUCCUGAAGCGAGCAGUUAAACCACUGAUUCUUUUUGGAGACUUCUUCGCGGCUGCCAUAUAUGGGGGUCUAAAAUUGAAGUUCAUCCUGCGAAAUUCCGCCUUGAAGCAGCAGCAGCUCCUCGAUAUCCUGGCAAAACAAAAGCCCCCAAAGAAGCGUACACUGAUCUAUUGCAAAAAUCAGGAGUUGGAUGACCUGAAAAUUGUUCUGACCGAAGCAGGACAUACAUGUUUGGGCAUUUCAAAGGUAAUGCAUCAGGAACCACACGAAUUGUUGUUGAUCAGCGACAGCCAGCUCCAGGAACCGCUGCCAGCGAGAAACAUUGAGCUGCUCAUCCACUUCAGUCUUCCGGAGUCCUGGUCGAAGUUUGCCUUUCGAUUCCACACCAUGGCGGACAUCAUUCGAAAUGUUUUGAAGCCACCACUGGAAAACGUGCAGCCCUUGGUCAGCUACUUGAUGCUGGACGAGGGGAACUGCAGGGAGUGGCCUCGCACCAUGAAGUUCCUUGAGGAUCACGGCGUCGAUACGAAGGAGUUGAUGUCCCAAUUUAUGCGCACUAGCCAGCAGAAAUCGGUUGAUAGUCUUCCCUAUUGCCCGUACCUUCUGAGCAGCGGGGAGUGUAACCGGAGCUUAUGUGAUAAGCGUCACCACUACGUCAAAGCUGAUUUUCCGUAUCCUGGUAAUCCGCUGCAGCAAUCGGGGACCGUAAUCCGUUGCAAAUUACACAAAGCCUACAACGCAGCUCACAUGGCCGUCUUGCCCAUGAAGUACAAGUGCAAAGGUUCACCCAGUUGGAUGGAUGUGCCCUAUCCUUCGAAUCCAUCGACACUAGUGCUAAAAAUGAGCUUGAGAGUGCCCCAAAAGAUACAUACCCCAUAUAAUGUUAACGAUGUAUGUUUUGUGCUGUAUCACGGACACUUGCGGAGGGUAAGAAUCGUAGAUAUCCCCUCCACACGUCCAAUCACUGUCCAAUUUAUGGACCAUGGCACUGAACUAGUGCAGAUCAAGCCCAGUGAGUUGCUGGAGUGUCCGGAGAAGUUUAGGACCCAGCCUCCUCUGGCCAUGGAUAUUCGUUUGUCCGGAGUAGUGGCAGCUGGAGAGGAAAGCAAGUGGUCGUCCGACUCAAUUCGAUACGUUGAGGAAAGCUUUGGCCCCAUUGAUGGACAGGUAAUGCAGAUAACCGUAGACUUCGCCGUUCUGAAUGUGGUCUAUGUAAGGGAAAUCGCUUUAAUAGAAGAGUGCAGAACAAUGCAAACAAGUGUGUACAAAAUCUUUUUGCGCAAGGAGCUGAUUCGUCGAGGAUUCGCUAGGUUGGACAGCAAAGUCAUCGAUGUUCUGCGAACCAUGUCUGAGGAUCGGAAAGAAGAAAUCGAAAAGUUGAAUGCCAACAAAGAAAACAUUGGUUAUUUUAAUGUAAAUACCGAUUUGGAGAACCCUCAAAAGGAUCUCCCUUCUGCACCAAACAGCGAAGUGAAUAGUUUGAAUGGAGCAUGUCAAAAUGCGGAUAUUACUAUGCCCCUCCAGAAAAAAAUGAUGACAGCAAUUGACCAACAUAUAAAUGAUAAGGUGUCAGUCAAAAGAGAAGACGAAGAGAAAGAUUCUUUAGAACCUUUGGAGGAUGAUGAAAAAGCAGUUAAGGAAAAUCAUGCUCAGAUCGAUUCUUCGUUAGACAGUUCUACUGCAUUCUUAAACGUCCUGUCUAACGAGUUGAACACUAACAGCCCUUCGAAGAAACAGCAUACUCAAAAAUUCCUUUACAACAUUCUGAAUGAGCAAGAAAAUCAGGAAACCAUCCCGUUUAAAGAAUCCUGCGCAAAAGCGUUGAACAGGGAUAAAUUUGCUAAAGCAGGCCCUAAAGAUCCUUCAAUGAACCAAGUAUCGAAAUCCUUGCAGUGUGGCAUGAAAGCUGAAGGGUCAGUGUAUCCCAGGGUCAAAUGGCACCAGACCCACACAUAUAUCGAACUAAUAAUUGAACAGCUGACGUCAGACUAUAAUCUCAUUGUGCAGGGUAAUAUCUUAAAGUAUAGCGUGACAACCACUUCUCCUCCUCAGAGAUGCAUCCUGAAUCUUCUGGGCGAGGUUGCGAUUGAAACACAAAAACAACUAGGCUAUUACUUGCAUGUUAAGUUGACCAAGGUUGAUUUACUAGUCUACUGGCCAACACUUCUCAAUUCGCUCUACACUCAACAACAAUCCCAAUGGUUGAUCUUUGAUACGGAGAGGGCUCAAGGACCUCCACCAUCAGAGGGUCUGGGGUUGUGGGAAGGAAAUCUUAGUAAGAAGAUAAGCAAUGACAACUCCAAUCCAGACGAAGACGAAUUUAGUUCUUCUACGGAAGACAUCUCCGAGUCGGGAGUGGAAUACUGCGACUUGGACUCGGUCUUGUAUGAAGAUAUUUAG